UCCUUGAAUCUGAGUCGGUUGGAGUGUCCCAGCAUCUGACCAACACUGUCUUCGUGGACAGAGCCCUGAUUGUUGUCCCAUUCGCAGAAGUUGUUUUUCCUGGUUCAGCCCUAUACACCAGGCCCUGCUGAAAAUGCCACCCAACAGUUUUGUCUUCUGCAGCUUAUCCUGUUUCUCAAGUGUUGUUUUUUUUCUCAGAAAAGAUGAAGCCUUGUUUGAUUUGAAAUUAGCUUCAUUUUAGAUUGCACACCUAUGGACCAUCUCAUAAGAUUUUCGUUUUUAUUCCACUAUUGUAUAUAUAUUUUUUCUUCAGCAUUGGGCUCAUAGAAAUGGUUAACUAUUUGAGCUUUUUCUGGCAUUUUCCCUUUUUUGUCAGAGCCUACUCAGUACUCUUCGGCAGGUAGCCUCGGUUAGAGUUUGGGCCAGUUCGAAUACCAGAGCUGACAAGGUGAAGAAAGAAAAAGUCUGUUGCUUUGCCCUUGAGCAAGGCACUUAAUCCUAAUUGCUCCAGGGGCGCUGUACAAUUGCAACCCUGACUGUGACCCCACUCUCUGCAGGUCCUCGGGGAAUUGAGAUAUUUAGAAAAAUAAACACAUUUCAAUUACACACUUGUGAGUAACAGGAUGAAAUAUUAACAACCCCCAAAUUAUUAUAUAUUAUUAUUUCUGUUAGUUGCAAGUUAAAGUUUACAACACUGUACAUGAGUGGUAUCCUACGAAGCGCGUUUGAGGAGUUGUCGAAGUAACUUUGGUCAACUCAGGAUAACCAGUCAUACGAAAGUGGCUCGCCUUUUAGCCAGGUACAUUUCUAUGGCAACAGAUCCUAACCAGCUCUGGGGCAGGCUAACUCCACUUACCCUGAAUGAAAUGACUGAGCAACGAGUUGAGGACCAAUUAAAUCAGAUUCCCUCCCGCUUCAUUUGAGGAUGACAAUUGAUUCAGUAUUUUAUUUUUCAAAUGUUUUUGUGUUAAAAAUAGUCAUGUUAAUAUGUCACAUUCCACAUUUAGUAAUGACAGAAUGCAUCUUUUGUUUAAUUUCAGCGUUUGCUUAGCCAUGUGCGACAUAGACAUGCAGAUAUAGGCCUGCUAGAGUUAGAGGCAGGCGGACGGGCAAUAUCCACAUUUGUAGUAUUGAUGAAGCCGGAGGUGGAAUGUGAAGCUAACUAAUGCUGGUUAGCUGUAGAAAACCCUGAGUAGAUCUAGCUUGCUUCGUAGUAUACCCCUCUGGUGAAUACAGUAGCCAAUCAACAGUGCUGUAGGCUCUUUGGAAGAAAGAAGCCACCAGCAAAAGCCCAGAAAACAGAAUUUGGUCGAGCUUUCUCUGUUUGUUUUGUAAUGGUAAGUGUUUUUAGACUAAAGUAGUUACCUUUUCCCUGAACUUUGUUUUGUGUAUCUUGAUGUUUUUGUGUGCUUUGUAGCGAAGCAGCCGGCACGAGUCGCUUGUUCAUAAAACAUCUAAUGAAACUCGAGAGCACAUCCCACAAAAAACAAGUACAGCUGAUGCAAUCUUGGCAGUGUUGACCACAGUGUGUAUUGUGACUUUGUUCUCGUAGUAGUAUUCUGAAAUCAUGCUUAGCAAAUUAGGGCCCAACAUUUUCCGACAACACAAAAUGGAAUGUAUGUCUUACUACAUAUCUAUUGUGGUAAGAGUAGUUAGGUUGAGGUGGUUUGUUUGUAGCUCUGUUUGAGUAUGGUGGAUGUUUGCAAAGACCUGUACUGAUUCUGUGGCGUUUUUCUCUAGGAGUGAUUCCUGAUGAGUCUAAAGCUCUGUCACUGCUGGCACCAGCGAAUGCCGUGGCAGGAUGCAUGCCUGGAGGAGGCCUUCUCCCCACUCCAAAUCCUUUGGCGUCCAUGGGAGGCGUACCUCUUUCAGCUCUCGGAAAUCCGAACAUGGAUCACAUGGCUGCCAUGGGCAUGUCUGGCAACAUCAACCCCCAGGCCCUCUCUGCUGACUUUCUGAAGCUUAUGCAGUCCAUGGAUCCUACUAAGAUGAAUUCAAUGGCUGCUGGUAUGAUGAUUAAUCCUGGUAUGAAGAAUGACUCCAACAAGGAGAUAGAGGAGGCCAUGAAGAGGGUCAGAGAGGCCCAGUCACUCAUCUCUGCCGCUAUCGAGCCUGGAAAUAAGAAAGACGACAAGCGCAAACAUUCCCGCUCCAGGUCCCGGUCGAGGCGGAGGAGGUCCAGGUCUCGUCACAGGCGAUCAAAGAGCAGGUCUCGGCGGAGGUCCCACUCGAGGAGCAGGAGGCGGUCGAAGAGCCCCCGCAGACGGAAGUCCCACUCCAGAGAGAGGGGUAGAUGCAGCAAAUCCAGGGAUAGGAGGAAAGACGAGAAAUCCAAAAAGCGCUCCAAGACGCCGCCUAAGAGCUACAGCAGUACCAGGAGGUCUCGAAGCAUCAAUCGGAGACGUAGAAGAAGCCGCAGCGCCUCUAGGUCACCAAAGAAGUCCAGGUCCCCAAAGAGGAAACUGUCCAGGUCCCCUUCCCCUAGAAGGCACAAGAAGGACAAGAAGAAGGACAAAGAGCGAGAGAAGGACCGUGAGAGGGAGAGGAAAGACGUCAGAGAUCGGAGCCGAGACGAAAGAGAACGCUCCACUAGUAAGAAGAGCAAAGACAAGGAUAAGGACCGAGACCGCAAAUCUGACAGUGAGAAAGGAGAUGUCAAGAACGCUUUGCUCUUGAAGGUGACCAGGGAUUACGAUGAGGAGGAGCAAGGCUAUGACAGUGGAAAAGAGGGAGAGGUAGAGGAUGAAGAGGAGAGGAAGAGCGACUCCGAUUCUGCGUCUCCCACAAAGCCCCAGGAGUCUGACGAGAAGCUUGCAGGGGAGAGCGGCAAGAAGUCCAAACAGAACGGAGAUGACCACCAUGAUGAGGAAGACAUGGAGAUGAGCGACUGAGUACGCCCAGGGAAAACCAGCCAGAUGAUGUCACUGAAAACCGACAUAGGCUCCAUUCCCUACCGUUCUCUUUUUAAAGGCAUCUAGAUAACGUGUCUGAUCUUUUAAAUGAAUAAUUGUGGGAGUCUGGUGGGUUGUAGUCCUAUUGGGGAGAUGUACAGUUUUUAGAGUUAUAGAGACACUUUCCAUCUCUAGACUGGUUAGGGAAAAUAUCGUUCCUGUUUGAAAUAGCCAGUUUAUUUCUGUAGUGGACCGUGUCUGGUGAGCAUGUGUAGGAAUUCUGUCCCAAAUGAUUUUUGCAAAAUGUCAAAUUGCUGUACUUUUAAGUUGAAGGGCCUGUUGAAUGUGAGGGAUUUUGAAAGUGAUUUCCUUUUUGGGCCUCAAAGAUUUUAUUCAUCUUGAACAGAGGAACUGUUUUCUCCUAAAUGACUCACUGAACUUAUAUACCUUAACCUUUUACACUCAGACUGUUAAAUUGUAUUUAGCCUGGUACCAUUCUGGUUUCGGUGCAGUGCAGCUUUCUAUUCUUUGUUGUAAUCUUGACAAAUUGACUCAAUCUGUAAAGCACUUAAUACUGUUGUAGACAUACCCUUCCACCUGUGAUGAUAUACUGUAGAUCCAAAUCAGUGUUUGGAUUAUUAUGAUGGAACACCCUGUACUGUCUACAUGUUUUACAAAGGAGAAGUCUAUAAUAAAACGUGGUCAAAAUA